AUGGCCAAUGCUAUCUGCUUUCUUAUCAGUAUAAUUGUACAAGGUGUAAAAUUAGUUAGCAAUGACUUUAUUCUUAGUUAUAUGUUAAUGUUCACUUAUACAUCUACUUAUUGGCUGACUGCCUGUCUGUGUUUCCUCUAUUUUAUUAAAAUAAUAAACUUCAGAGUGGGUUUUAUGGCUCGGAUUAAAUUGCAGAUAGAUGUUAAGGUGCCCUGGCUGAUCGUGGUGGUAGAAGUGGUGUCUUUUUGUACCAGUUUCCUUUUCCUAUUAGCCUUUCCUGAUGGUGAAGAUCAAGGAGUGUCCAAAAACACAUCGAAUAUCCUUUCAGCCAACCCAACAUCUGGAAGAAAUAUGGACAUUUCAAUGUACUUUUACAUUGUAUUGUUUAAUACCUGUCCACCAUUCCUCAUCAUGAUUAUCACUACAUUCUGUACCAUUGGGUUCCUCAGGCUGCAUGUUCGUACUAUGAAGAAGACUGAUGGGAAGUUUGGCAACACCAACCAGGAAUCUCAUCAAACUGCUGCAAAUACAAUGAUAAGAUUUCUAGUAUUUUAUUUGAUGUUUUAUGUAAACACGCUUGUCUUUACUUUUGGAAAUAUUACCUUGAAUUCUUUUUGGUAUCAUAUAGAACUGGUGUUAGCAUUUUCAUUUACCCCUGUUCAAUCUUUUCUUCUGAUUCUAGCCAACAUCAGGCUGAAGGAAGCUUGCCACCAGCUAUACCUAUUAAUAUCACCUACAAAACUACUGAAUGUGUUGACAGUUUGUAAAUAUAACACUAAUACGUAA